ACACUAAAGUGGUCGGAAUUGUACUCAAGUGAAUCACAAGAUAAGCUGUAUGUAUGAAGAUCUAUAUAUACAUACACUGAAAGAAAAAAAAAUAAAUAAAAGAUCAAAUUCUUUAGAGUAGUGUCAAGAUAGUAAGAAGUUGCUUGAGAAAAAAAAUCUUUUUUGUUUGCUCAGCUAAGCAAGCUAUUACAAUUAUUAUGACGAAAAAAUUAAUUCUAAUUCUGCUGGUUGUUGUUAUAAUUACUGUUUUAGCAGGCUGUCUGUGUUAUUUAGUGCUAAAAAAAAUUGAUUAUAAAUAUAAUGAUUACGUUAGCGCAUACUCUGAGAAACUAGUGAUUGAUACGGACCCAGGAGCCGACGAUGCGGCAGCUAUUUUGCUUAUUUUAUCAAUGAGUGCAAGAAAUUACACAAAUUAUGAGGUUGUGGGGAUAACGUGUGUCUAUGGGAACACUUUUGAAGACCUUGCGGAGAAAAAUGUCCUGAAAAUCUUAACAGUCGCCAAUUUACCUGACAUUCCUGUGUACGGAGGAGCACAGAAGCCUUUGAUGAGAAACUAUACAGCCGAAAAUUACUUUGGCGAGGAUGGUUUUGGAGAUUUUGAAUUCAAGGAUGAAAUUCUUGGUGAAGUAGAUCGGUCUACUCACGCAGCAGUAGCUUUAGUCAAGCUAGCUCGAAGGUACCCUAGAGAAUUGAGCGUUUUAGCUCUCGGGCCGUUGACUAACAUUGCAAUUGCAAUGACUCUGGACCCAGAGUUCGCUAAAAAUGUAAAAAGAUUCUUCAUCAUGGGCGGAAGUGUUUCGGGUGUUGGAAAUAAAUCUCCAGGAGUUGAAUUUAAUUUUGGAGCUGAUCCCGAGAGCAAUCACAUCGUUUUGAGUGUUUCCAAAAAUACGCCGCAUCUUCUCUUGCCGUGGGAAACAAUUUUUGGAUCAAACAUCACCAAGGAAUGGAGAACCAAAGAGCUUGGCUUGAUCAAUUCUAGCUUUGUAGAAUUUUUGAACAAAGUUGAAUCUAAAGUUCUGGGCUAUGAUAACCCAGGAUGGAACUCAGCAGACGCUCUGAUGGCUGCUGUGAUGCUUCGCCCGAAUUUGGUGAGAAGAUUAACCACUGUCCACGUAGCUCCUGUUAUUGAUGGCUCUGCCAGGGGCUCAUUGCUGAUCGACUAUACAAACACAACAGGACAGCCCGGGAAUGUGGAAAUAAUCCAGGAAGUAAACACUGAGGAAUUCAAACAGAUGCUUAAAGAAUUUUUAUCAUAGCAUACUUUAUAGCAAAUUAAUUAAUUAAUUAAUCUAUUAUAAGAGCGUUGUAAACCUGGUGACCUCGUUGUAUCUCUACAAGGAUCGGUUGAUAAUAAAUGUGCGAUUAUAUUUUAUAA